AUGGCAUCUUCUCCCAUAGUCCUGCAGGGUGGUUGCUGCUGCAAAAAGAUUCGCUACACUUCUACUACACUGCCGAAACACAUGUCCAAUUGCUUCUGUAUCACCUGCCGCAAGAUAUCCGGAGCCCCUUAUGCGACUUUCGCUAGGUUUCCCCGAAGCUCGAUAACGUGGCUGAACGAACCUCCUAAAUACUUCCGGUCCUCGAACUUUGCUAAGAGGGGUUUCUGUGGUGAUUGUGGCUCGACCUUGACAUACGAGAUGGACGAGAGGCCGGACUAUAUCUCCCUCUGUCCUGGCUCCUUCGACGACUGGGACGUCAAAGGAGAACUCAUGAAACCAACUGAUCAUAUUUUCCUGAAAGAAAAGGCUGUUUGGUUUGACGUUCCAAACGAUGGAGUGAAGAGGUACGCAGGGGAUGAUGAGGAGUAG